AAUUAACUGGUAUGUUUUGUUUUUUUAAAUUUAUGAUGCUGCUCAUGUUUGUACUUAAAUGUAUGUAGCUGAAAAAGAUGGUGUAUUAUUCAAUGAUAUCUCUAUUAGUAGCAGUGAUGAUGAGAAUGAGAUGAAUACAUCAUUUGCUGAAACAAAUAUUUCUAAUGUUACGCCUAUAGUUUCUCAAUCUAAGAAAGCUACAGCUAUCAAUGGGGACCCUGGUCUGCCUACUGUUUCUCAAUCUGAGAAAGCUACAGCUAUCAAUGGGGACCCUGGUCUGCCUACUGUUUCUCAAUCUGAGAAAGCUGUAGCUAUUGUUGGAGAUUUUAGUCUUGCUUCAGUUUCUCAAUCUGAAAAGGCAUCAUCUAUUG